AUGCGGGAAACAUAUCAAUCUAGUGUAAAGAAAGGAAGCUGCUACGGACUUUCUUUACAUAGAAAGCAUGUAUACAACGAAAAAAUAAGACUGGGCAGACUUAGUAGAAUCGCCUAUAUGAUAAUCCCAUUUAUUAUAUAUAUAUCAUUAAUAAAAGGGAAUUUUUUAAAUUUUGCCAAAGCACAUACUGAGGGAGAGGGAUUAGGUAAUAUUAAUCAGAAUAACUUGAUUUUAGGACUCUCAGUUAGUUUGGGAGCUUCCCCGUUGUACAUUAAUUACGACCUCAUAGACGAGAAACCAACUAGUCUCAUACAGCUUGAUUCUACCGGACCUGAGAAUUUCAAAGUUUUUGAAAGAAAAAUACGAAGCAAUGCAUGGAGUCGAGAUAAUGCUAAACAUUAUUCUCAUAAAGAUCACGGUUCUGAUUCGGAUUCAGAUUCAGACUCGGACUCGGACUCUGAUUCUGAUUCUGAAGAUGAACGCCCUACUCAUAAAAAUACAAGGAAAACAAGAUCUAAUUCUGUUAGUAGUUUAAGCGAUGAAGAAGAGGAAGAAACACAUACCUUAAAGUCAAGACCAAAGUUCACAAGAGGAAGUGCUUUUAAAGUUCCUGAGCCUAAACAAGAAUUUACCCCCAAACCCAAAGAGUUUAGUCCAGAAAGCAAACCAAAGGGACUAUUUGGAAAGUUUAAAGGUAAUUCACCAGAAGUAGGUGUAAUGAAUAAACCUAAUAAAGAGCAUGAAAUGCGAAGUAACAAGGUAUCCAGAGGAUCUUCCACAUUUGAUCAAGAAUUAAAAUCUUCAUUUAAAAGUGAAUUCGAGGGUAAUGAUAAAGUAGGACCAUCACCUACACUUAAAUUUACUGAUGCUGGAAAACAUGUUUUUAAGAACUUUAAAGAUUUGACAGCGCCGAAAUAUACGUUUCACCCCAAUCAGGGCCACACGUUUAAAAAUGUGACGAUAGAAAGAGAUAGUGAUAUUUUGGAUUUGAGACAAAGAAAUGGUGUUUUGAGCGCAAAGUUCAAACUUGAAACGCUAGAUGAAAACUCAAUAAAUCUAUUGGAUCAUCUUUCAAAGAACACAGCAAGUUGCACAGUUAAGUGGAUGACACUUUCGAAACAAAAAGGUAGAGGACAAAUUCACCUAGAUUGUAAUUUUGAUGUUAAAGCAGAUGGUUUUCCAGGAGAUACGCCAAUAUCAGUUAAAAUCGCCGGGUUUGACAAAGGAGUGCUAAAAAAUGUCAAUUUGAGUACAGAUGGUAUGGCUUUUCACGAACAAUUCGACAACGUCUUUACAUUUAAGGGUGAAGUAAUGAAGUCAAUUGGAUUGGAUCCGCUCCAUGAUUGCAGUAUUAUAUCAAUAAAUGGUCGUAAAUAUAAGGAUGAUGCUAAAGCAUUUAACUACAUGCAACAUUUGGUGGAAAAUGGAAUCAGAAAUGUUGAAGUUAUAGUUCGGCCAUCUAUUCAUCUCCUAAUUCACAUAAAAAGACCCUUUUCUGGAAUUGUUGAAAGUUAUACUUAUGACGGAGGAUACGUGGAUGUAAAAUAUUUUAAGAAUAUGCUGAAAACGAGAAAGAGGAUGGAAGAUUUCUGUAGCAAAGUUACAAAGGAUGAUUCAACUACAUACUGUUUGGUAGGAAUGAACGACAAGUUUAUUGAUCUUAGAAAUUAUGUAUUUGAUUACUUUGGUACUUAUCCCAAGGAAGUCGUUAUGUUUUUAACAUACGUUCCAUAUGUUACAGUUAACUUUUAUUCACUGGAUAGAAUUGUUGUUUCAAAAGCAUUCCCAGUCAGCCAAAAACUUAAAUCUAUCAUUAAAUUUGGUAGAGAACAAGUUUAUAGUUUCAACAAAAAUGCAAACGUUAAAAAACCGGAUUAUAGAGUAUAUUCAUAUUCUAUACAGGGAUGUUUGGAAGAACACAAAGACCUAGAACAUUUAGUGGACCAUCAAAAUGUAACUGUAAUUCCCUCGAUUCCACUAUCAGAAUCAUGUCAAAACAGAGAUGGGAAGGUGCUUAAUUUGUACUAUUUGAAUCAUAAACCCAGCAUAUUUAACUUUGAUGCGGAGGUGUAUGGUCCAGAUGGUAGUUUGGCUGUUAAGUACAAAAUCUCAGUGGAUUAUGAUCCCAAAAUUAAGAUGUCAUACAUAAAGGAAGAAAUAUUGAACAGAUUGUUGAGGGAUGGACAUAUAUUGUCUUCUGAUGAAUUGUUUUUCAUUAGACUAAGUGAUAAAAAGGGUAAUAGUGUCAAUGAUGAUAUGCUUGUUAAUGAAGUUAUAGACGUAAUGCAGGAACAAAAGACUUCAACUCUUCCAUUGUUUAGGGUUGGAGUUAACCCUCAAUUUGAUGUAGUAUAUAGAGAUAGGGAUGGUCAUUACGAUAAAUUCAAGGUAGAAAUGGAUAAAACGAACCCGACCAAGAGAGACUUUACCGAUGCUGUUGAUCAUAAACUUCAUGAAAAGCAUAUCCUUAGACCAGAAGAACAUAUUCGAAGCGUAAGAGUACAUCCAAAGAAUAAAAAGAAUAAAAUAAACUUCAAUGUGGAUCUUAAAAGCGAUGAACAUGGUCAUUUUCCAGCUGGAACUAGAGCUGAUCAAAUUACGGCAGAAACUGAUCUAAGAAUGGAAAUCCCAGUUGAAUUUGAAUACGACAAUGGGAGAGUACUCAGAUUCUCAGUCAACGCAGAUUAUGGAGCAUCAGAUGAAGAGAUUGAAAAUUUAGUCAGAAAAGCUCUCAAAAAGAAGGGAUAUAAAGGACAUAUACCAGGUCUCCACUUUGAGAUCAAGAACUCGAAGAAUAAUGAAAUGAGAGAGUUUUGGGAGGGUGGCCCUGAAGUAGAUAAAUUCGUACUUAAUACAGGACUCGCUAGAGAUGUAGAGGUUGACGGAGAUGUACAUGGGAUGGAGUUUACAACUCACGUUAAAGUACAUCCUAGAGAAAAUAUGGAUGAAUUGAGAAGAGAGGUCCUUAAAAGUGUUAGGAAUAACCCCAAGAUAAGAACUUGGCUUGAAGAGGAUCCUUCAAGAAUGGAACAAAUAUAUACUGUUGUAUCAGAUUUUGGAGGAAAAAUUUAUGAUGAUGAUGAACUGGGGACAAAUGGAUUGUAUGAUAGAAGUUCCAAGAUAAGAAUCGGUGUUUCAGAUCAUCCUUUUGAUUUGGUUUGGAAGGAUCCACUAACGGGACAAGAACUUAAUUUUUGUUUAUCUAAGGACGCUAACGGAAGAUGUAGACCACUGCCACCUAAAUUAGUCAAAUUCCCUAUUCAAGACUUUAUAGACCAUUUGUUGAAGAUUUUAAAGAAAGAAGGUAAAUACGAGGAACUUGUUCUAAAACGAGUUAAAUCUGGUAACCCAUUCACACAGGCAGUAAGACUUAAAGAAAUACGCACAGUUGAUGGCAAUAGGCUUAAUUGUUCAGAACUUCCAACUGAUACAAAUUUAAAACUUAUAGAAUAUGCGUUUAACCUUCAUGUGUCAGAAAUAAGAUCAAUGGUCUUCAGUCUAAUGACGAGUGACGAAAGUGAAAAUUUGUCUGAACGACAAAGAAACCACGGAAGAUACAAGGUGGUCAUAAGUAAGGAAUCAGGUGACAAAGAGUCACAUCUAAUUAAUACCGAUGAUUUAUCUCCUUCUCAAGUUAGGAACUUGAUUUAUAAAAAUUUUUCUUCUGUUCCAAGCUACGAUGAUAUUGACAACUUGAAGUUUUAUGAUGACCAUGAUCAUGAUGUAAGCUUUGAAGAAUUUAUAAAGAUAAGACCAAAGCAAGAUGAAACAAUGAAAAUUAAAUUCACUAUGAAGGAAGAUGGUCCAAGGCCUCCCACGCCUACUUUUGAAAAUGUCGUGAUUCAGCCUAAGCCUGGUGAAACGAUUAGGGAAUAUUUCCUCAGGGCCGUGGAAGAACCUAUAGAUUUUGGUCUUUCUCCAAUGCAUUCCUACACUGUAGUUGGAUUUGACGAAAAUGAUAAACCUGUUCAUUUCAACGAAAUGUUGGAUGUCCCAAUAAAGGACCUGAAAAAUGUAAAGAAGAUUCAAUUCGUGAAGCAGGCAGCAGUCAGGCCUGACGGAGAAAUUAAUGUUAAUUACGGUGAAGUUCCUCCAAAUAAUACACCAAAUGUAGUUACUGUUGAAUUUGAUAAUAAAAAUGAACCUGUACCUAAUCUUAAUUCUAAAAUUAGGAACUUUUUAAUUCAAGUACCACCAGAACAAAUGGGUCAUGUAAGAAUCGAAGUUGACGGAAAGGAGUUAAGAUGUUCUUUAGAGACACUUCGUGACGCUUAUAUGAUCAAAAAUUUAACGGUUGAGAAACUGUUUGCUCUUUGCCAAGGUCUUGACAAGCAAAAAGAAUUUUCGCACGUUAAAAUGAACUUUAAAGCAACACCUGAAGAAAUGAAGAAAAGUGAAACAUACAAUUUAUUAAAUGGACUCGGAUCACCAUCAGGUUCACCUAUCGCAAAAUUUACACUAUAUAAAGGACAAAUGGACUUGGGUUUGAGCACCCUUGUCAAGAUAAACGUAGGGACACUUAACUCUCCCGUAGCUGAGUUCUAUUCAAAGAUUGUUCAAAUGUUUGGAGACUCGGUUGAUGGUGUUAAGGACAUAUCUAUCUCACUCUUCAAAAACGGAAGAAUGUAUCCCUGUAAUAAUACAAAGGUCUUGAAAAGGUUGAAGGAUUUUGGCAAGACUACUUUGUCCAAAGUGUUUGAAAUUUGUAAUCUUCCAGCAGUUAUUCCCGAAAAUGGGUCUUACUUUCACUUUCAUGUAAGUAUAGAUUUGAAUGUUGGUCCAAAAACUGGAUAUGAUUCUUCAAUGGGAUCCACAAUCCCUAUGGAUAUAUAUUUUGAUGAAGAAGAUCGCAUGACUAAUGUACAUUAUGAUGAAAAUCUUUACCCAGAUAUCGCAAACUAUAUAAGUGAUAACGAAGAUAUUGAUUCAUCUCAACCUAGUAAAUACAAAAUUACCAUAAAGGGGGAGGAGCCUUCCCACAACUUUGUAACUAAAACCUAUACAAUGGAAGAGAUGCCUCAUAACUUAACCCUUCACGCAUUGUUCCCUGAUACUAAAGUUGAUAAUCUUAAUAUCACUAUUGAAUCAAAAGAUGGCCCUAAUUCAGGGGGUUGGAGAUCUGAAACAGUUCACCCAGUGAAUGACUUUAAAACAAACUUUGACGCACUUAAGAGACAAAUUGUCCUUAACCUAAAGACUAUGCAUGGUAAUAAUCUUGAUGCAGUUAACAGUUACGUUGUGAAGGUUGGGAUAAAUGGUGUUAAGCAUCAAUGUCAUAUUGAGAGCCUGUCUAAGCUUGUUAAAAUGUCGUUGAAAGAUUUCCUGAAGAACUGCGUUAACAUUGAAGAGGUGAACAAUAAUCCAUCAAUGUCAUUUGGAGUUAACUAUGAGCCGACAAUUCAUGGUGAUUUAAUUUUCAACCUCAAAGUUGUUUGUGGAGACAAAACUAUAUUUUCAGCCCAAGGUCUUGGGCCAACUGACGGUGUUCCAGGAGAAAUGCUUGAACAAAUUAAAUCUAAAUAUGGGAAGUCUCUUGACUCUGUACAAUGGGGGGCAUACAUCAACAAGGUUCAGGGUGAUUGCCAUUUCACUGGGUUGUUGGACCUAAUUAAUAUGAGGUCUGUUCUAAACAUGUGUGGAGUUGAAGAUAAAAGUUUGAGGGUUUAUAAUUUGGUUUUUUACGACAUGAAUUUCGAGACUUUCAAAAUAUACAAUAGCAGUUAUAGGUCGCCUGAAAAUGGAAAGGCUUCUGAAUUUCCAGAUGUGCAAAAAGUUACACAGACUGUUAACCAGUUGAAAUCCCCAGUUAGAAUUAGUAUGCCGUACAGUUAUACUGGCCCAGAUAUCAAAGUUGAUGGAGCCGAAACUCUAAAUGACUUUGUUAGGGAAAUAGUAGUCAAUGAAGAUGAAUUUAAUCCUGGAAACCCAUUCAAGGUAAACGUACACACUAAUUAUGGUGUGUUCGGAAUUGACGAACUUCCAAAAGGAGUAUCUAACCAUCCAUCCAGAGAUCUGGGUGGAACCUACUCCUUUAUUAUUGAAGAUGACCCUGAUGGUAAUGAUCCUGGAACUGCACUAAAUUUACACUUCCCUGAUUCAAAACAAAAUUUGGGUGACUUUUUGGAAGAUCUUCUUAGCAAUCCAUCGAAUGGUAAUAAAAAGUUCUAUUUCUCAAGUAAGAAUACGUUCAUACCUUGUUACAAAGUACCUGAGGAAAUGUUACAUCAUCCUAUAGAUGAACUCAAAAAGAAAGGUUUCUUCCUCACUGUUGUUAACGGUUCAAAAACCCCUGAAAAGGUCCGCAAACUCUCAGUUAAUAUCCUUUCUAAAGACGGAACUUCAGCAACUGAUGAGAUUAGUGAUUUGCAACAGCCUUUAACUAAUUUGUUUGCAAAGAUUUCAAAGAACCAGGGUACUUUGGACAAAAUGCUAGGUGGGAAGUUCAAGGUAAUUAUUGACGGUUUUGAAAGGGACUGUAAUCUUGAGAAUUUGGGGACUUCUCAGAAUGGAAUGACUUUAGAAAGUCUUCUGGAGGUGUGUGGAGUUAAUGACUUGGAUCACGUCCAUGUUUUGACUUUAUUCUUUGAAACACCGAUAUCGCAAGAUAAAAAUUACGAAAAUCUUAUGUUUGACGUUGAUAUUAACGAAAAACCUCAGGGAUCGAAGAAAGUUGACUAUGGUUCCACAUUCACAGUGGGAAAAGAUGUUGAAGAUUUUUUGAAAGGCAAAAAGGAUGCUCAUGUUUAUUUGGAUGUCAAGGGUAAAGAUAACUUUAAAGAUUUUGUAGAAAUUGAUAGUCUUAAGUUCCUGCAUCUUUUGCAAGGCCAUCCUGAGGUUGUGGAUAUGCUUUUGAGACUGGGGAUCCCUCAGACUCACCUGGGUAGUUUGGAUGCUCUUCAUCUCAUAGUUUCAAAUCUGACACAAUCAUUAAAGGGUCACCAGACUUAUAAUAUUGAUAUGGGAGAAGACUCUCCAUAUGAAGUAAACAAACCUGUGUCUGCUUAUCAAGAUUUGGUCCAGCUUAGAAACAGGCUGGAUGAAAAUCCUUUGUUGAGAAUUAAGGGUAUUUUCACUCUUGCUGACGGAAGCAAGCAGGAGUUUGACAUUCGUGGACGGGAAUUUAUACAUGCCGUUGACGGAAAUCUUACCUUCAGGGAAGUUGCUCUAAGAGCCCUGAGUUCUGAUGAUGCAAAUAAAGUUAUUCAUGUAAAUUUCAGUUCAUACGAAUCUGAUGAAGAGCAAUCGUCUCCCCUCUCAAACAGAAGAAGGAUUUUCAAAAAAACUAAGAAUUCCCCCAGGACCAGUAACUUAGGAGUUCCUCCUCUUAGUUCUCUGAGUUCGAGUAGGAGCUCAGGUUCUGAAUCUGAAUCCUUAAAAAGAUCCAAAGAACCAGUUAAAUCUGAAACCCCAACUCCAUACCCACCAACUAAAUCAGAAGUCCCUGUUGGUAUCUCUUCUGAGAAUGAAAUUAAUAAACACAAUCCACUUGAAUCAGGUAAUGAAACAACUAAUACAAGUCUAAAAGCUGUAUAUGGAUCUGGACGUGAAUCAGGUAAUGAGACAAGUAGGACAAAUACAAAUGCAAGAGGGAAAUCUGAAUCUGAAUCGGGUAAUGAAACAACUAGGACGAAUGCAGGUGUAAAGACUAAAUCGGGAUCUGAAUCCGAAUCAGGCAACGAGACAACAAGGACAAGUCUAAAAGCUGUACAUGGUUCCGAGCGUGAAUCAGGUAACGAAACAACUAGGACGAAUGCAGGUGUAAAGACUAAAUCGGGAUCUGAAUCCGAAUCAGGCAACGAGACAACAAGGACAAGUCUAAAAGCUGUACAUGGUUCCGAGCGUGAAUCAGGUAACGAAACAACAAAUACAACUGUAAAGGCUAAAUUGGGAUCAGAAUCUGAAUCAGGUAACGAAACAACAAAUGCAGGGGUAAAGGGUAACUCUGGAUCUGGAUCUGAAUCUGAAUCAGUGAAAAAGUCGAAUAAAAGUUUAAGAAGCAAUGAAUCAAUGAGUUCAGUUGAUUUGUUCAAUAAAGUAAUACGUAAUCCUGAAAAAAAGGUAUUGGUAAAGGUUAAAACUACAACCGGUCGUACAUAUGAUUUAAUUGUAAAGGGAACCAUUAUAAGAAAGGGAAUACAAAGUGGCAGCGACAUGAGGAAGUUACUUGAGAAAUAUCUAAUGAGUGAAGAUGUAGAUGACGUUAAUGAAAUUGAAAUCUCUGAAAAGGUUGGAUCAACCUUUACGGUACCUCUGAAGAAGCAUGUUAAAGUCACUUUGCCAAUAAUGGCAUCCGAUGAGCCUAUAGAAUGUGAUAUUCAGGACUUCAAAAACCCUUGGAAUCCACCAGAAAAGGAAUGGAAGAAUUUCACUGUAAGGUCUGCACUAGAGGCAUAUGCUACAGCGAACAACAUUACCAAAAAACCAAAGGCGGUAUAUCUUCUUAACAAGGAAGACCACAACAACUUAUCGGCUGAGAUAAUAUUCGAUGAGGAAAACCCCGAAGAUGAUAAAAAACUUGAUCGCAGAGUUGGAGAUGAUAUAAGCAAGGGGAGAACGUUCUUUAUUAGGUACAAAGACACUGGAGAACUAGCAGAAUAA